UCUUAAUCAUUGUUUUUGUUGAAUCAUGAAGUUUACCACAUUGAUCAUGGUUUCUUUUCUUCUCGUGUUCUUCAUUCUCAACGAUGUGAAUGAGGUGAAUGCGAAGGUGUGCAUAAAAUCAAAAAACUACGAUGAGAACUGUGGCUGGGAUGGAAACAAGACUUGCAUAAGACGAUUUAAGAAAAUUAACAAGCACCCUACUUCUUGCGAGUGUACCCAUGAAAACCCUAACGUGAACAGCAAAAGUAUCUGCAAAUGUAAAUUUCCAAAGUCUCCCUGCUAAGAUUCCAUGUAGUUUUAUAAACCAGUAUCUCCUUGUUACUAUACGUACGAGAAAUGAAUAGACGUAAAAAGUCGUUGUAUUAACAUGGCAGAUAAAGUUAGCAGUACUCGUUUAACGUAUUUUAAAAUAUAUUUUUGUUACUCUUAUCUCCAUGUAAAAUCAGUAGAGGGUGGGUGGUUGGGAUGUAACCAAGUGAAUUUAGCUUUAGUUUCUAUAUAUAAUCAUAAAAUUUACUUAUCAUGUUUUAUGUAGUUUUUAAAGGUAAAGCCAAAGUAUUAAGAAACAAUUGUAUUUCUUUUCCAAAGAAAAAAUAUUAUUGUAAGAAUCUCUUUUCCUUUUUACAAUUUUAUCAUUUAAUUUAUACAGAUACAUUAGUUACACUUACAUUAAAAAAUUCUAUAAGCUAAGUUAUACAUUAGAGUAUUCUUGUAGAGUCAUAGUUCUUAUAAAGACUUUUUGGUUAAUUCUACACCUUUAGAUAGUUUAUGUGGUUUAUACUAAAUUUUUAAACAACUGUAAUAUUUUUUAAUACUUUCCGAUUAAUUAUGUUUAAUUAAUUUUUAUUUUCGGAUACUACUUUGAAUUUUGGUUUGAAUUGAAUAAUAUCCGAUAUUCAAAAUUACAUACUCUCAAUCCACAUUUGGAUUCUGGUUUAAUAACAGACUAACUAUAACUUUAAGAUUUUAAAAAUCGUGGCCCAUGCCUCACGUUGUUUAAGGGGUAUGGACAUAUUAGAAAACCACAGCGUACGAGCUCAACGCUCUAUUUCAAGAAUGGAGACAGCUCUGUGUCAAGAAUAUGGAGAUUCAGUUUGUAUGUGCUGUGCUUGAGACACAAGUUGAAAUGGGAAGCUGCUGAAAGGUGAAGAAAAUUUUGUUAUUACCUCUUUGUAUCACUCCAGAGUUGUAUAUUGUAAGUACAAAACUGAAACUCUUGUGAUUGAGUUUCAAGGGAUGGAAAUUAGAAGAGAAACUAGAGUGUCGUAAGCCACCGCUUCAAUCGCAGUGAGGCAACCUCCCGUGCUUGCAUUUACUGACUUAUUUAAGCAUGUCUGUUCUAUGAAUCCAUAUUAAUAAGUUUCGUCUCAAACAUCAUUAUCAUGUGAUCUCUAAGCUUUGCUUAGUGUACUUUUUCCAGUUGAGCUACGACACUUGGUCAAUAUUACUUAUCAUAUUAGAGAACAUUUCUUUAGAAACAUACAGUUUUAGAUGAAUGAGUGUUUAUAACAUUUGAGAAUUGUUUAUUUUCACAUAAUUCCAUUUUUUUCUUCCUAAGUUCUCUCUGAAACCACAUUUAUCUUCCUAUAUAACGAAACGUUCCUCCUAAUUCAGUGUAAAUAUCUAUUUUAACGUGUGCAAUUAUCUAUAAAGAAACUAGCAUGCAUAUAUGUGUAUUACAAAAGCCAAACAUACAAUAAGUUCCUGCGUGUAACAAAGAGAGUAUUGGUCUUAAUCAUUUUUGUUGUACCAUGAAGUCUACCACAUUGAUCAUGGUUUCUUGUGUUCUCAUGUUCUUCAUUCUCAACCAUGUGAAAGGUACGUGAUAUGUUAAUCUUUUUUUUUUUCAUUUUUGACUAGUUAAUCACGCACAAUCAAUUGCUUAUUGAACUUUAUUAUUUACAACUUAUUAUUUUUCUGAUUAAAGAUACAUUUUUCUGGUAAAAAUAAAUAAUAGAAGUGAACGGGAAGGUGUGCACAAAAAGACAAGUCUUCGAAAAGAAUUGUGGUGAGAAUGGAAACAGGACUUGCAUAAGAGGAUUUAAUGAUAUUAAAAAGUACCCCUUCUCUUGCGAGGUGAGAAUGGAAACAGGACUUGCAUAAGAGGAUUUAAUGAUAUUAAAAAGUACCCCUUCUCUUGCGAGUGUAGCCUUGAAGUACCAACCGAAAGCAGACGUGUCUACGUAUGUAAAUUUCCAAAGUCUCCCUGCUAACAUUUCAUAUAGUUUAAUAACUAGUAUCUCUUUGUUACUAUGCAUAAGAGAAAUAAUUAAGUACACGUAACAAUUCGUUGUAUUAACAUGGCAGAUUUUAACAUUUACACCAAAAAAAAAAAAAAAAACAUGGCAGAUAAAAUUAAUCUUGUUGGUUUAGUGUAUUUUGAACUAGUUUUGUGUUUACUUUAUUUUCAUGUAGAAUCAAUGCAAUUUAUAAUUCAAUAAGUUCGAUUAUCUCGAUGAAAACUUUAUAUGUGCUUUCAAUAAUUCUUAAAAGUCGUGAGUCGUGCGACUCGUGCCUCGCGCUGUUGAUCUGAGGCCACUGCCCUGGGGAUUUUUUGUUUGAUCCUUGUUACGGAUUGGGUCUCAAGAUCAAUUUCGUGGCCAUCAUCAAAACUCUACCAUCUACUAGUCUUUUAUUUUUUUUACUUCUACACAUCUAUUUUUUUUUAAUUUUAACAAAUUACUGAUUCUGUUUUUGAAAUAUACUGUCUUCUGUAUGAGUUUCAGUGGAUAAUGUUGGAAAUUAAUUGUGUCCAUAAUUCUAUCUAAAAUGUCCAUUACUUUUAAAAAAAAAACUCUCCAAAAAUCAUUAAAGGUUAUAUGACACGUGAGGUUUAUCAGAAACAAGCAUGUAAGUCUAAAACAAGCAGUGAUUUUCCUAUACAUAUCUUUAUGUGAUUAUGAUACCAUGUAAAGAUUCAGAAACAAAGACUCUAUAUUAUGAAUGGUAAAUGAAAAAUCUUGUCAUAAAGUUCCUCAUCGUCUUCUCUUAUAGUUUUGCCAAUGAUUUUAACUUCAGCGUUGGUAUUUUGUAACGAGAAAAUAAAAUUACAUUAAUUGAUGGUUGAUAUAUCACUUUAAACAAAUCAUACGGCUGGCGUCUUUGAAGAUUAAGUUAGUCCUUGAAAAGAAAUGCAUUAAUAUUAGGAAAUUGAGUAUCUUGCAUAUGUGAUCAAAAAGCGUCCUCAACGUUUUUGUUUUUGGAUUUGCCGCUAAACAUAUAAACUUUAUAGCAUUGACGCCUAUAUAUAAUUCUCCUUUUUCUUAACAUUUUUUACCAAAAAAAUAUAAUUCUCCUUUUAAGGAUUACCAAAGAUAAAUGUCGUCACACUGAAUUUGACUUAGAUAAUUAUGUGACUAACAAAGAAAUAUAUGUUUUCAUAGGUCUAACUUAACAUAUAAUUAUUAUUUUAUAGAGUAUCUAAUUAUUUGUUAUAUAGUCCUCAUUGUAUGAGUUAAAUUUUCGUACUUUCAAAUAAAAGUUCCAUGCAUUCUACUCUUCAGAAUUUGUAAAAUGUUAUACAGUUAUUGUAUAAAUAAUGAUUCAGAAAGUUAUAUGUGGAUCGUUUGAUAACAAUAGUUUUUCUUAUUUCGUACCAAAUUUAUCAUAAAACAUAAAUGAGCACUUAUAUAACCGAUUACACUACCCAUAAUUUAAAUAAUAUAUGUUUGCAUAUUCUUUGUUACUAAAACGUAUAUUGAAACUGGAAGGUGCACACGUACAUCGUCAUGCGACCCACCAUAUAGGCUAUAAGACACGGAACUGGUUAGAAUGUCUCUUUCUUCCUUAACAACCAACUUAUAUUGCUAUUAUUAUUAUGAUAUUUCUUUAAUCACCACCUAACCAAUGAAGAAAAAAUCCAUAUUUUGCUUAACAAAAUUCGAUAGGGUGUUGAGUUAAUCACCGCUCGUUUUGUAUUAUACAAUAUAUAUGUUUUUGGGGUUAUAAUCAAGUUUAAGUCUUGCAGAUUCCAGUAAUACGACUCAAGUUAUAGCCAAAAACUAUGAACAGAAGUAACCAUUACUGAGAAAAAUGCACCUAUGAUUAUAUUCGUAACCAAUCCAGUGUAGGUUUAGUUGAGUGAUGAUACACUUUUAGCAUUAGAUGAAUCACAUCCGCAUAUGUCAUCAAAGUCAUAAACCAUUUAUAUUAUUUUCGUCUUGAUCCGCGGAUAUUAGAUUAAGGUAAAAUUUAAUUUAAUAUUUCUGGUUAAUUAAUAAUAAUAAUAAUUAUUAUUAUGGUUAGUGUAACGGCCCGGUUCCUGGCCCAAAAAUUUCUUAAGAAUAGCCCGUUAAGACUGCAGCCCAUUAAGGUAAAUGACCUAGUGUUCCCUCUUUUUCUUAUAAAUGAAGCUGCCUCCUCUCACUUUUCUCUCAUUUCUGAAACUUGAACGAAGCUCUGCAGAGAUUUAGAGAGAUUAGGAAACCCUAGCCGUCAAGCUUCUCUUUUUCCUUUUCUCUCUUCUUCUCUCACGCCUCUCUCUCUCUCUCUCUCUCUCUCUCUCUUUCUCUCUCUCUCUCUCUCUCUCUCUCUCUCUCUCUCUCUCUCUCUCUCUCUCUCUCUCUCUCUCUCUCUCUCUCCCUCUCUUUUCUCAUUCCGUUGGACCUCUUCCUCUCUCUUUGCUGCGAGCCCCCGAGAGCAAGCCGAGCCGCCGGUGGUGGUGGUGGUGAUCGUCCGAGUGUGGUGAUGGUGGUGGCUGUGUGGUGUUGUGGUGGUGACCAGAUCUCGUCUCUUUCUUGUUUACUUGUUCCAGAUCUGUUCAGAUCUCCUCUCUUUUGUCUCUUGUACCCAUAUCCGGAUCCAGAUCUAGGCUAAGGUGGAGUGUCUCGAACCCAAACUUCUCUCAUGAUUCUGUAUACUCCUUUAUGUUGGAGUUAGGUUGUUUAGACCCUGUUUGAGAGUUAGGUUGAUAGAACAUGAUAAUUGCUAGGAUGAUAGAUGGAUGGAUCAUGAUGCAUAAGAACCCUCAUACUGAUAAAUGGGACUUGAUGAACUGAAUUGAGUUGUGGUAGUGAUGAUUGAUUGGUGAAUGAUGCUUGUAUGUUUGGAUGUGUAGUCCCAUGUGUUGCUGUGACUAAAGCUAGGGUGCUAGAGAGAAAUGAAUGCAAAGUUAUAUAGAAGAGCAUUGAUUGUUAAUGUUAUUGUAAGUAGAACUUGAGUGCGAUGUGUAUUGUGUGUGACACCGAUAAUGGGUGGCGUCUAGUGAAUGAGUCCAAGUACAAGUCUAAAUGAAAAGGGAAAGUAAAUGAAAAUGAGAAGGGAUAAGUGAAAGUAUACAAGAAUAAUGUUAAGGUUAAGCAUGGGUGGGAAAGCAUAUAGAGUCUAAGGAAAGUAUGUGUGGCAGUAGUUCACGCUAUGUAUCCAUAGGAGAUGUGGCCAAUCCACAAGAAUAUGGAAGCACCCAUAGGAGAUGUGGCCAAUCCACAAGAAUAUGGGGUAGAAGCCUAGUUGGGCUACCCACUGAUGAUAAGGACGUAUUGAUGAUAAUGACGUGCAUUGUAGGGUCUUUAGCUCAUGGUCGGAUAACGGGGAGUUAAAGGUGUCAUAAGAUGAGUCGGUUAAGUCUAGGUUUUGACGUGUGUGGCAAUGAGUGAGAUCAUUGUAUUGAUUGAUCACUAGGUUGUUAGAAAUAUAUGGAAUUAAAUGUGAAAAUUACAGAUGACGAUGUGAAAUGAUAAAAAUGCAUUAACUGAAUGUAGUGGCUAGACAGUCCUAGUUCCCGCAUAGAGUAGUAUAGAGUGUCAUGCGGGCAGGCUGGUCUAGAGCCACUUCACUGAGUAACUUGUUGCUCACUCCUCCAUUUCCAUUUUCCUUUGCGCAGGACUGUAAGUAGAAGUAUAUGGAUGUGGGUGUGAUGGUAUUUCAAAGAAGGUUUUGCGCCCGUCGACUCUCGGGACCAGUAACGGGACACGUAGGAUUGUCUAAAUGAGUAGACACGUGUCCAUAACGCCCCUUCGAUAACCCCGGUCGGACGCCGGGGGAUCGGGCCGUUACAAUUGGUAUCAUAGCGGGUUAAGAUCCCUUAGUUCUGUCCUAAGAGAUCAUCAUUUCCGACGUUUU